GAAUCUGAUGGUAUGCUGAAGGUUUUACCAAAGAAAUGCGUUGACACAGGCAUGGGUCUGGAAAGGAUUGCUUCAGUCAUUCAGGGCAGGUCAUCCAACUACGAUACUGAUCUCUUCAUGCCAAUCUUUGAUGCCAUCCACAAGGCGACUGGAGUGCGUCCAUACACAGGGAACGUUGGAGCAGAUGAUGUUGAUGGUGUAGACAUGGCUUACAGGGUAGUGGCCGAUCAUAUUCGCACAUUGACCAUAGCUCUCUUGGACGGAAGCUGGCCAGAUAAUGUUGGAAGAGGGUGAGUCCUUUUGAAUGGAUUUUCUAGCCCUCAUUUGAUCCUAUUACAGUCUAAUGGUUGGCAAUACCUUACAUGCCAUACAUUAAAAUGACCUAAAGUUUGGUUCUAUUUAACAACACAUGGGAUACAUAAUACAUAAGAUGGAAUUUAAAAAACCUUUUUAACACACAUAUUUAUGCCUUAAUAAUAAUAAUAAUAA